AUGCGAUUAAUUGAAUAUUUGAACAUUGAUCUUUAUAAAGAUUAUAUGUUAAACAGCGUACAUAAUGAUGAACCAGUGUCAUUUAGAUUCAUUUCAAUAAAAUUAAAACAUUUAAUAAUGACCCUAAUGAAUAUACAGUUUGAUGCUAUUGAGAAAUUUUUCUCAAAUUUGUCAUCAUCAUCUAUUAAGUAUUUAUCAUUUUAUGCAGCUAAUUUAUCAUUUAUCAACGGUCAACGUUGGAAAUGUAUAUUGUCAAAUUACUUUCAUCGAUUAAAAACAUUUAGAUUUUACAUCACAUACCGAUGUAUACUAAAAUCAUUUUCGACCACUAUCAAACAAACUUUACAGGUAUUUCAAACAGAUGAUUGGCUAGAGCAUAGAUGGUAUUUUAUGUUUGAUUAUUGUCCAAUAAGAGAACAAUUAAAUUUUUAUUCUUAUCCAUUCAACGAUAAAUGUUAUGUUACUGAAUUAAAUAUAUUUCAAUCAAAAUAUGAUGAUGAAUCAGUUGAUAAUUCAACAACCUCCAUAAACGAUAAAAUUAAUGAAUUAUGUAUGACAUUGGCAAAUAAUAAUACUAAUAUAAAUAUUGAACAAUUAAAGAAUGGAUUUGGGAAGAUUAGAAGUAAAGAUUAUCGAAAUUUCAGGUGA